GUCACCGGGGGGCGUGACCUAUGGCGGAAGUGCAGGUGGAUCAUUGAGCUCCGCUCGUAGAAUGUAGAACGUCAAUUUUACGCAAACAGAAAUCAAACAUGGCUCUUAACAGCAAUCAUUCUGAAUCUGGAGGAGUUAUCAUCAACAACAGCGAAAGUGUCUUGAUGUCAUAUGAGAAUGUGGAGCUGGUGUUCAGUGACGCAGAACGCUUGCCAGAACCCUUCAGAAAAAGCAAGAAGGGAAGCAUCUACCUGACACCUUACAGGGUGAUCUUCUUGACUAAAGGGAAGGACCCUCUGCAGUCUUUCAUGAUGCCCUUUUAUCUUAUAAAGGGCUGUGAGGUCAAACAGCCAGUGCUUGGCGCAAACUACGUCAAGGGCACAAUCAGCGCCGAGCCUGGAGGUGGCUGGGAAGGUUCUGCAACCUUCAAGUUGAUCUUUUCUGCUGGAGGAGCGAUUGAGUUUGGACAGUACAUGCUACAGGUGGCAGCACAGGCAUCCAGAGGGCAACCAGUGACUGGAAAUUUCGGCUGUCCUUACAUGGCGAACGGGGCGUAUGCGUACCCUCCACCUCCUCCUGCUAAUGGCAUUUAUUCCGGUCCCGCUCCUCCUGGAUAUGUCUUUCCUGGACCUCCACCUCCAGGUGGCUCCUGGUUUGAUGGACCCGCAGCCUACAUGCCUCCUCCCCCAUAUACAGCUCCAGUGGACCAAGCUCCUCUCGACCCAGACCUGCCCAGAACCCCUGCAGCGGAGGCAAAAGCAGCUGAAGCUGCAGCGAGUUCCACUGCGACUACUUAUGCUCCGAUGCGGGUCUACCUGCCGGAGGACAAACCCCCACCCUACUCCCCACCCGAUGACAAGAAGAACCAGUAGACGCGCGUCUGCAGCGAGCGAGCGCACAUCCUCUCCUCUCUCAGUACCCUUCAUUUCAUCCUCUCACCGUCUCCCGCCACAGUUAACGCCCACCCGAACAGACUCGCGGCGACUGGGGCUCCAGUAGGGGGCAUUAAUAUGACCUGGCCUGUGUAGAGGGACGAGAGAGACACGUUAAU